GACGAAAUGUUUUUAAAAAAUUACAAAACAAUGAACAAAACUUAGUAAAUUAAUGAAACAAGUGAAAUACGAGGUGAAUCACUGUGAUUCAAGUGAUUGUGCGUAUAGCCUAAUAACAAGUGUUCUAUUCACAGAAUAAAUGUUGAGAAUAGCCACAGUAUCUCUCACACAAUGAGGAAAUGAAACAAAAACGAUGGCAGACGUUGUAGGUGGAAUGAAACGGCUACCCGAAGAUGUGGUAGAAUAUACGAUAUAUCCAAACAUUCCCUCACACAUCGAGGGGGAUGGGGUCAAGAAGUAUUUAGAAAAACAGAUUGAUGCCAUUCUAGCGCAUCUUAGCAGGAAAUUAUUACGAUAUAUUUGGCAACACGAGCCCUUUCGGUUGAGGCCAGUGGUCACCGAGGAUUCCACCCCGUCACAUUUACAUGGCAGCACCAGCUUUGGAGAUAACAUCGAUGAUGAGUGGUUUAUUGUGUCUUUACUUUACGAAAUCACUCGAGAGUUUUCUGGCACCGUUGUAAGGGUGAAUGACAAUGAUGAGGAGUUUUUGCUCAUCGAAGCCGCCGAAGUUUUGCCAAAAUGGCUGGACCCGGAGACGGCAGAAAACAGAGUGUAUAUCUACAACGGAGACCUGCACGUUAUUCCAAUCCCACAAGCCACGGAGGACUUUGAGAAGUACCCGCUGUUCACCCCGACGCCCGCCGAGGCCGUGACCUGUGUGCGGGACUGCACGUGUGACACACGCAGCAGCCAGGCCGUGCAGAACUGUAUCAACAAGAAGCUGGCUGGACUCCCCAAGAAAGUGUCGGAGAGUGUUCAUCGCGUGAACUGUUAUCUCCCCACCCCUCUGGCUGUCCUGUUGUCAGAGCAUCCAGGCUUUGUGGCUGCGGGUGUGCGCAGUUUUUACUACAGAGAUCCACUGGAAUUAAAGGCAUGCCGCCCCAUGAAGAGAUUCAAGCCGGAUGACCUGGUGCGGACACGAGUGACCAUGACGAGAUGUCUGUACGCCCAGCUGGUGCAGCAGCAGUUCACACCGGACAAGCUCAGCGGGUGGUCGGUGGUGGGCCCGGCAAACCCCCAGUUCCAGGAGAGAGAUAUCGGCGUCAAACUGGCUCAUGGUUUUGAGAUCCUGUGCUCCAAGUGCCGGGACGAAGAUUCCCGAACGGUCAACGGGGAGUUGGUGCUGGACUCGCACAUCAGGUGGCAGCAGUUUAGGAGGUCGCUACAAAGUCAGGGGUAUUUCAGGGGUGAGAUCGAAGGUUCUCGGCUGUAUCAAGAACUUCUCAGAGAUGCCAAGCACUUCUUCGCUUCACAAAUUGAAGACGAUGAAAGCUUUGACAGUGAGAACAUGGGCCAGCAGGUGCUGAGACACAUCAAGCAGCUACAGCCAAAGUUUGACGAGUUUCGCCGCACCGAGAGGACUUUGCCUGCGUCUGACGAUGAUGAGUGGAUGCACGUGACCCCCGACCAGGUGGAUGAGUUGAUGAGGUCGUCGGGGGGACUGACAGGGCCUGGCACAGGCGACACCUUUGACCUGUCCAAGGUCGCCGAGAGUAUGAGCUCCUUCGUGGAUCACGAGUCGGGGAUAGACGGAGCCGAAUUUCCCAGCCGUUCUGCCGCCUCCGCGGAGACUGAUGAUGGUGAUGGACAGUUUGAAGGUGGUGGUCUCAUCCACGCAAUGCAGAAAAUGUUUGAUUUCCCCGACGACAAAGACUCGUCGGGCUCAGACAUGAGUGAGUACGACUGGUCGGAGGAGAGUGAGGAGGACCUAGGCUCACCCACCAAGAUGCCUUCAGCCUCCAAGACGAGCAACGUAGCCAGGCCAAGACCCGAGACCAACGGCAAGUGGACGGCGAGCAGCAAGCGACAAACAAAGACUGUACGCUUCCAGACCUCGGAAGCUUCGUCAUCAGCCACCACAUCUCACACUAACGGAAAGUCAUCACCAUCGUCGUUACCAGAGCCACCCCCACUCCCACCUCGCCCUCCCUCGAUGGCCGCCCAGCGACCUUCCAACUUACGGGCCACCUCCCCUCCAUCGCGACCCUCGGAGCCACCCCCGCCACGCCCCAGCAGCCAGGCCCGGACCUCCGCAGGGUCACGACCUCCCCGCAGACCGCUGGCCAAACCUAACGCGGUGGUCAAACCACGGGCACCUCCGCCCCCGCCCCCACCCAAACCGGGGGAGAAAAGGGACAAGAAACUGGACGCUCUGAUGGACGCCAUGGAUCGAGAGUUGGCCGCCACAGAAGUGGGGAAAAGUUUCGAGAGAACCCCCAAACAGAACAAACCGAAACGACCCAGCAAGCCCGCAGCGCCCCCUGGCGGCCGAGCCAGCGCCAAGACGUCAUCAAGAGACAUCAACGACGAGGACGACGACUUCCGGCCGGUCAACGUGGACCUGAACGUGGUGAAGAACACGCUCGAGUCCUUCAAGGCACAGCAGGGGCUGCCAGGCCCUGCCUCCAACAUCCUCAGUGGACUUGGGGUCAGACUGCCGCGCGAUGCGGCUGAGACAUAAUUGUUGACAUGCAUAAGGCUUGGGGGGGGAGGUGUCAGACUGCCACAAGAGGCAGGUGAGGCCUGUCUUUUUAUACACCAAGGGAGGGGGGAGUGUCAAACUGCCGCACAGCGCAUCUGAGACCUGGUCGUUGACAAACCCGAUUGUUUGAUUGUCUGUCAGUUUUUGUUGUCAUGUCUGUCUGCGUUCUGUCACAAGAGCGGGGGAAAAGGGAUGGGAAUGAGGUUUGGGAAAGGGGGAUGGGGAGGGAAGGGAUGGGAGGGAGGUGGAGGACAGGGUGAGAUCUAUAUGAGGUUCUUCAACCCAGGCCAGUUGUUGUGAAACAGCCACCCAUGUUGUUGUGAAAGAAUCCACUUUGUAUACGGUACUUGUUUUUUUGUCCAGCAUAAGCCCUUGGCUUGCCAGAAACCUGUUCAGGUGGACUGUGGCUGUUUUUUUAUACCUACACCUACAUGGAAGUUUUAUACUUAAUUUUUUACUACCAUAUACUUGUGGGAAAUAAAAAAUCCUUCAGCUCACUGUACAUGUCUGUGUGGCUGAUUCCACUCUGCACACAAAGACAAAACACCAAAUUGUGUUGAUAAUGCCUUUAAGCAUAAUACUCAAUCAAACAAAACAAAUAAACAGACACAUGUUCUGAUUUUGUCUUAGUUGGAGGUUAAGGGAAGUUUUCGACUCAAUCAAGGCCACUAGUGUUGUGUGAGAAAUGUUACAUUAUAACUCUGAUUGUCUCGGUGAACUGAGAAUGGACACAAGGGGGCUUCGGUAAGAUGCACUGUAAAUAAUAUAAUGACAACAACAUUUUAUGUUUCCCCAAUCGCAAAGACUAAAACCACACACUUAAACUGUUUGUUUGUCACCAGUGGGCUCAGAGUUCUAGGCGUCUUUGCCUCAGUUCAACGUGUGUGCUUUCUAGACAGAUAAUGCCAUUCUUGAAUUACUGUCAUAACAACUGCUUAUUUUGUUGCACAGUCUUGAAGAAUAUGACCCCACCUUACAGAAUAGUGUGUAGAUGCACGUUUUCCAAACCAUCUCAGUUUGAUAAGACAGUAUGCAGGUGCAUGUGAAUAUUCCAAACCAUCUCAGUUUGACAAAACAGUGUGUUGAUGCAUGUGAAUAUUCCAAACCAUCUCAUUUUGACAAAACAGUGUGUUGAUGCAUGUGAAUAUUUCAAACCAUCUCAGUUUGAUAAGACAGUAUGCAGAUGCAUGUGAAUAUACCAAACCAUCUCAGUUUGAUAAGACAGUAUGCAGGUGCAUGUGAAUAUUCCAAACCAUCUCAGUUUGAUAAGACAGUAUGCAGGUGCAUGUGAAUAUACCAAACCAUCUCAGUUUGAUAAGACAGUAUGCAGGUGCAUGUGAAUAUACCAAACCAUCUCAGUUUGAUAAGACAGUAUGCAGGUGCAUGUGAAUAUUCCAAACCAUCUCAGUUUGAUAAGACAGUAUGCAGAUGCAUGUGAAUAUACCAAACCAUCUCAGUUUGAUAAGACAGUAUGCAGGUGCAUGUGAAUAUUCCAAACCAUCUCAAUUGACAUGCUGACCAAAAAAGAUAUGGUUUACUUUACUGUUGUCUGUGCCCACCAUAUUCUACAUGGAAAGGUUCUUGACUCUGUCCCGUGUAGCUUUCUGUCGCUGGUGGCACAAAUCACUCUACCCACUCGUUUGCAUCUUGACAUUAGACUUCCACUUUCUCCCCUCACUUCCUGCAUGUCUCAGACAUUGAGUGACUUCCACCAUUUCCUUCUUUUUUCUUGUCACUGAUCUCUAGCAACUUUGCUGUGUGAGGUGGCAGUCAGUGACGAUGCGGUUAAAUUGAUGGGGUGGAGUGGAGCAGCUUGUCUACCGUAUGUGAUGUCAGGAUAUGCUGCAAUAUGCAUGUUUCACUUUGUGUUGUCAAUAUAUAAUGAAAGUUCAUGUUGUUUGAAUUCUGUUGUGAACAACAGUUCCAUAAUGGGGCACUCAAUGUUUCUUUAAGUCACCUUAGCAUUAUUUGUUACCACUACACCGUGUCUACCAGACUACUUAAGGGCUUGAUGUCAAAAUACUGUAGGAUUUACAAAUAGGCAGCACAUUGUGGUAUUUAAAAUAUUUUGUUAGAAAAAAAGUUGUGUAUUUUCAGGCAGCUUGGUCUUCAGGGGAGGGAAAAUUGAUUUGGAGGGGUUUUGGGAUGAGAGGGAGGGGAGGUUAAGAGUGAGAGGGGAAGCAUCAUGAAUACGUAGGAUGUUACUACAGUUACUAUAAUUGUCACCAUGUUAAUUACGGGACACCCGUUGGCGAAGGUGGUGGUUAUUGGUUUAUUGGUUAGAGUUGGACUUUUUAGUGAGGAACAACAGAGGACAGGUUGCUGGAUAAAACUAGAGUUACAUUUUCCAGAGAGAAACAACAGAGGACAGUUCUCUGUUGUGACUUUAUGGCUGUGACAAAACCGUUCUUGCAACAAAUCUUUGUCCUGUCCCGAAACAUUGGAAAAUGAUACUCGUACUAAAUGCAACAAGAUGUGGACUUGUGUCGUUUUUGGUAAAUUAUAGUGGAAGAGUGUUCAGUAGACAACUGUUUGUAAAAUUUCCUUGAAACUUGUGAAUAUGACUUUUUAUUGACUCUGUGUGUACAUAAAGUUUUUUAAAUGGAUGUCUUUUUCAAUUUUGUCCCUUGUCAAAGUGGAGUGAAGUGACAUAGGCAGCUGUAUGUUUUGAAGAUACGUCGUUGCUCUCUCUCUCUCUGUCCACAUUUCUACAGUCACUCCCGUGUUGUGAUUGUAGUGAGAUUUCAGUUGAUUAAGUGAUUGAAGAUAAUUUUUAUGUCUUUUUGUGUUACGAGAUUUCAGUUGACAUGAUUGAAGAUUAUUUUUACCUGUCUUUUUUUAAUGAGAUUUCAGUUGACAUGAUUGAAAAUUGAUCGAAGAUGAUUUUUAUCUGUUUUUGUAAUGUUUUCUGUCGUUUGACAAAAGGAAGGUAAGGUUAUUGGUCAUGGCCUGUUUCUAUGAUGGACUGAAGACUGUGUGAAGACGGACUGCCUUUCUCUGUGGAGCAGGGGUGGCUAAACUGAGCCUGACACGUCUUAAUACUUCGAUUACUUCAUGCACUAUGUCCAGUUUUAAAAUGUGUGGCCCGUUGCUGUUUAUGGCCGAGUGAAACUGGCCUGUGAUUCGAAAAGUUCGGCCGACCCUGCUGUGGAAUCCACUCCAGUUAUAUAGUCUGGCACGUCCAGUCCCUUAUCACAGGUCCGUCCCCACCUCCUAAAUAAUCUAAAUUAUGAGGAUAGGGGUGUAAAAAAAA